CCAAAUUCCAACGGAAAGAUGGCGGCAAUGCGAUCGCGCAUGCGGAAGGAGCUCGAGAUGCUCGAGACGGACCCGCCCCAUGGCAUCUGCGCCUGGUCGGUAGACGACAAGCUCGACGACCUUCAAGCCCAGAUCCAAGGACCGGAAGGAACGCCGUAUGAGAAUGGCGUCUUCCUCCUCGAGAUCAAGGUCCCGGAGCGCUACCCGUUCGAGCCGCCCAAGGUCCAUUUUACGACGCCGAUUUUCCACCCCAAUAUCGACAAUGGCGGCCGCAUUUGCUUGGACACGCUCAAGAUGCAGCCCAAGGGCUCGUGGAUGCCCUCGGUGAACCUCUCGACGCUUUUGACAACGAUCCGCCUCUUGAUGGCCGAGCCCAACCCGGACGAUGGCUUGAUGCCCGAGAUCACGGAUCUCUUCAAGCAAAACCAUGAACUCUUUGUGACCAAGGCCAAGGAAAUGACGGCGCAGCAUGCGACAGCGCAGUUCGUGGUCAAGCCCGCAGCCACCGCCAAAGUCGCAGAUGACGCCAGCGCAUCGUCCGACUCGGAGAGCAAUAGCGAGGCCAAUGUAAGCAGCAGCGACGACGACGACGAAGACGAGGCCGACGAAGAAGACGAGGAUGAAGAGAAACAGCCGUACAAGCGAGCGCGCUUGUACGACUAGGGUAGUCUACGUUCCUAUGUACACGAAUAAUCCAGCGCCUCUAGUCGUGGGGCAAAUGCUGCAAAUGUGGCAUUGUCGUUCG